CAGGGGCUUGUGGGCUCGGCCCACGGAGCCGCCAUGUCCCGGGAGGAGCCCCCGGCCGGGGAGGCCCAGGGCUCGGCCCGCGCAGCCAUCGAACGCCUCUGCCAGGACCUCAACCUGGACGCGGCCAGCGCCGCCGAGGCUCUCCGGGACUUCACGGCGCUGCAUGGCACGUACAGCCUGGAGGGAGAAGUGGUGCAUUGGUUGGCUUGUGCUCUAUAUGUUGCUUGUCGUAAAAGCAUACUUCCCACAGUUGGAAGUGGCCUUAUGGAAGGAAACGGCGUUUCACUGACUAGGAUACUACGGUCAGCCAAACUAAGUUUAAUUCAGUUUUUUAGUAAAAUGAAAAAGUGGAUGGACAUGUCAGACCUGCCGCAGGAAUUUCGGGAGCGAAUGGAAAGGCUGGAGAGAAACUUUGAAGUAUCGACUGUAAUUUUCAGAAAGUUUGAACCAAUAUUUUUGGAUGUAUUUCAAAACCCUUAUGAAGAAACACCUAAACCACAAAGGAGCAGAAAACAGAGAAGGAAGUGCAGUGUUAAAGAACUGUUCAACUUCUGCUGGACACUCUUUGUUUACACCAAGGGGAAUUUCCGUAUGAUUGGAGAUGAUUUAGUAAAUUCCUAUCAUUUGCUUCUGUGCUGCUUGGACCUGAUUUUUGCAAAUGCCCUUUCCUACUCAGAUAGGAGAGAGUUGCUAAAUCCAUCAUUCAAAGCUUUACCAGCAGACUUUCACACUGCUGAAGUCAAGGCCUCUGAAGAGCCUCCUUGCAUCAUUGCCACACUUUGUGAACUUCAUGAUGGACUUAUGGUAGAAGCCAAAGGAAUAAAGGAACACUACUUUAAACCCUACAUUUCAAAGCUCUUUGAUAGGAAGAUUUUAAAAGGAGACUGCCUCUUGGAUUUUUGCAGCUUUGCAGAUAACAAAAAAGCAUUGAAUAAGGAGUAUGAAGAGUAUGUUUUAUCAGUGGGUGACUUUGAUGAGAGGGUUUUCUUAGGAGCAGAUGCAGAAGAAGAAAUUGGAACUCCCCGAAAGUUUGCUGCUGACAUGCCAGUGGGGAAAACAACAACAAGAGCUCAUGUGGAGUGUCAUCUUCAGCAGCAUUUUGAAAAUAAAAGAUCAUUUGCACCUUCUACACCACUGACAGGAAGGAGAUACCUGAGAGAGAAGGAAGCAGUAAUCACUCCUGUUGCUUCAGCAACACAAAGUGUGAGCCGGUUACAGAGCAUUGUGGCUGGGUUGAAAAAUGCACCAAGUGAACAGCUUACAGCUAUCUUCGAGUCUUGUGUACGCAACCCUAUGGAAAGCAUCAUGAAUCGAGUUAAAGACGUAGGUGAGACUUUCUGUCGGAGUUAUACUCGGUCAACAGAUGACCAGCCAGGAUCUCACAUAGAUUUUGCUGUUAACAGACUAAAACUGGCAGAGAUUUUGUAUUACAAAAUUUUGGAGACGAUAGUGGUACAAGAAACACGAAGAUUGCAUGGGAAGGACAUGACAGUAAGUAGAGAACUGGAACAGAAAAGCCUCUUCUUCCUUAAGUUCACCCUUGUGAAUACUUUCAGAAAAAUUAUGUAUUUGGCAUGGCUGAUUAAACUGCCUUGCUUCCCUUUUUAGGUGAUUGAAGUGUUGAUUCGGUCUGAGGAAGGACUCUCCAGAGACAUGGUGAAGCACCUCAACAAUGUUGAAGAACAGAUUCUGGAGAGUCUAGCCUGGACCAGUGACUCUGCCCUAUGGAAAGCUCUACAAGCCUCAGAAAACAAGGUCCCAACCUGUGAAGAAGUAAUAUACCCAAGUAAUUUUGAAGCCAGUAAUGGAGGAAGUGGACUAGGGCACCUCCCUAUGAUGCCAAUAUCUCCUAUUGUGCAUCCUCGAGUGAAAGAGGUUCGCACAGAUCUUGGUGGAAGUUUACGACGGGACAUGCAGCCAUUGUCUCCGAUCUCUGUUCAUGAGCGUUACAGCUCUCCUACAGCUGGAAGUGCUAAGAGAAGGCUCUUCGGCGAUGACAGCCCAAAAGACGUGCAGGUAGAAAAGGUUCUCUCUGAAGGAACAAAGCUGAAAAUUGCCCCAGCUUCAAGCAUUGCUGCUGAAAAUCUCUCUCUCUCACCGGGACAGACAAUUUUGACCAUGGCAACAGCUACUGUAACAGGGACAAUGGGACAGAAAGUUACAAUCCCACUGCAUGGUAUUGCAAACGACACUGGAGGGAUCACCUUGAUUCCCAUUUCAGUGAAUUUAUCUCAGCAGUCUAAAGUGGAGAGUCAUGGACAAGUACCUCUCACUGCUCAAGCUUUAAUUGGUGCAUCUCCAAACCAUUCCCGUAUGAAUCAAGCACAGGAAGCACAUUCAUCAGCAGGAAGCAAACCAAAGAAAACUGGCUCUCUGGCACUGUUUUACAGAAAGGUGUAUCAUUUGGCAAGUGUGCGCUUGCGUGAUUUGUGCUUAAAACUGGAUGUUUCCAUUGAGUUGCGCAGGAAGAUAUGGACAUGUUUUGAGUUCACAUUAGUUCAUUGCACUGAUCUAAUGAAAGACAGACAUUUGGAUCAGCUCCUCCUUUGUGCCUUUUACAUUAUGGCAAAGGUGACCAAAGAGGAAAGAACUUUUCAGGACAUAAUGAAAAGCUACAGAAACCAGCCACAAGCAAACAGCAAUGUUUACAGGAGUGUUUUGUUGAAAAAUAGUCCCAAAGAGGUCACAUCAGAAAAUACAAAUUUAACCCAAGAUGUGGAGAUGACAGGUGGUGACUCUCCUGAGAAAGUGUGUCUUUCACUUAUGAGAUCAACACCAGAGAACUCAAACGAAUCAGGAAAGGAGGAGAGAGGAGAUCUGAUAAAAUUUUACAAUGCAGUCUAUGUAGGAAGAGUAAAAUCAUUUGCACUCAAGUAUGAUGUCACAAACCAGGAUCAUGUAAUGGAAGCGCCUCCACUUUCCCCGUUCCCCUACAUUAAACAACAGCCAGUGUCUCCUCGGCGGAUAUCCCAGCAACACUCUGUUUAUGUUUCACCACACAAGAACGGUGCCUGCCUGACACCUCAGACUGCUCUACUAUACAAGUUUAAUGGGAGCCCUUCUAAGAGUUUGAAGGACAUCAACAAUAUGAUAAAACAAGGUGAACACAGGAGUAAGAAGCGAGCAAUUACAAUUGACAGUGACAGUGAGUCUCCAGCAAAACGACUCUGUCAGGAAAAUGAUGAUGUCUUACUAAAACGUCUUCAGGAUGUUGUCAGUGAAAGAGCAAAUCACUAACAUCUACAAGGGAUUGAAGCUUCCAGAGUUCAUCACACCUGGGAAACAAUUUUUCCAGUUUUCCAGCUGUGGUGUGUGCAGGCAGUUUACUAAUUAAUGUGUACUGUCACCUGACUUUCCUAGUAGGAAUGCAAAAAGGAAGUGUUAAGGACUGAACUAUGGGGAAUUAGAGGCUAUGAUCACAUUAACAUUAUUGCUGUCAGACGUGCUAUGAAUUUAUCUGCUGAUUAGCAUGUUGAAAUGGUUCUUUAAGACAUGUCAGACAUUCAUCCCUAAUCUUCUGGUUUAGCGGUUCUACUUUGAGCAUGAGGGCCAGCUCCUAGUUUCAGUGGUUCCGUUUUUGAAAUUGAAUUGACUGGAUGUUGGAAAGCAGCAGGGGCAAUCACUAUACUCAGUGUUUGGGGAAACACCUCAAGUGCCUUUUUGUUUUUACAUGAAGAUUAUAGAAUCUUAUGCAUUACUUUAAUAUGGACAGAUCAGGAGACAACUUGUUUGUUUUACUACAUUAAGGGUUAGAUAAAACCCAUCUGUUCUUCGUUCUGCAUUCUAUAUUACGUGAAAAAAGUCACCUUUUAUCAAAGACUUGAUAAUGUGAUUUGAACAGGGUUAAAUUUUUGGCUUUUAUAGCUGAGUAUAACUGGUAAAAUGCUAUUCUCCACCUACUUUGAGGAUGUCAACUAAAGUGAAUGUUGUGACAUGGAUUAAAUGUUUCUUAUGGUUUGGGAGAGAAAUCAGCAAGUACAACUGCAGAGGCCUAAAUAGAAAGCACACUUAUUCUAGAGACUUGCGGAGACGUUUCUGGGAGCCUUUUCUGAAUUCAGCUUCCCCCAGAUCAGUGAACGCUGCCACUGGAGACAGAUCUGAAGCACUCCUUCCUUCUGCACAUCGCCUCUGCAGCACUAAAUAUUCAUAGAUACUGUAUCUUAACUGAAAAAGGCUAGCGUGUAUCAAUAAUGGUUAAACAGUUCUGGGCUUUGGCCGUCAGUUACUACUGUAGCAAAUAUGUGAUGAUUCAUUUAAUGAACUUAAUUUCUUUUCUUUAGGAUUUUUAUGUUUUUUUCUGACAAGUGUACUCUCCUAUGUUGUGUAGUAUCUACACAGAAUGUAAGCCCAAACAGAUGAGGCAUGUUUGUACAUUUUUUUUUGUAGCUAUUACAGACAUGUAGCUUUAGCUUUGUUCCAAUGGCAAUGUGUAAAAUUCCAGCAAAACUCCUACAUUUUAAAUGUUAGAAUUUUGAUAGGAUUGUUUUAUCAAGAUGAGGAAAACUUAAUGUCUAUAUAAUACUGUUUAUAAGCAAUAGUCUAAUUUUAACAGUUGUGAUUUUUUUAAAGCUUAGAGCCAUAAGGUAAUUCUUUGUUGUACUUUUCUGUUCCAAGUUGCUAUAAGCAUCUUAUACUUACAAACUUGAACUGUCUUUUUAAUGGACAACUCUUUUCUAGAGCUCUGACUAUUUUACUUAGCUUUUAUUAGCUUGAUGAUUGAGCACUCCAGGAUUUGAUACAUCAUAAUUUUCAGUGGAAGGAACUGGAAAUCUGGUGGAUGAACUUGAUGAAAUUGAUUAUAAAGGAGAGCGCUUUGGUUUACACAUUCAUCUUGGUAAUCAACAAUGAAAGGAAAAGUCACAAGUCCCCUAAGGUUUUGAUAACUAAAUUUUUGAAGGUUGCCAGUGUUUUGACUGCUCUGAAAAACGUGUUUUUGCCUUUUGAAAGUUUUGAGAAUGAAGACUGCAGUGUUAUAAAGUGGCGUAACAAAAGAUAUACUAAUCUUACAGUUAACUCCUUUUAAUAUGUGAUGUUAAUGGUUGGGAGAAAAAAACAACAACAUAAUACCAACUUCCAGUUUUGAGUUACUGACAAGAUGCAUUUGUGCAUGGGUAAUCAUGGGCUGAGCACAGCCCUGGAAAACCUACCUUGUUGUGGAAAGAGAUCUUGAAUUAGACUUCACAUAAACGGAGCCAAAUGUGCUUGACUCACUGCAUGAGGGGUUAUAAUCCUCAAGAAAACUAGGCUAGGGUGUACUGUCGGACAAUAAAGAACACUCGGAAGUAUUGGAUGAUAGAACAAUUUAGUCACUUGUUUUUAAUUUCUCAUCAUGUGUAAACCUACUUUAUUUCUUAAGAGGUAUGCCCUGCAGACUGUUUCAGUUUCUCUAAUCUUGAAUUAAAAUAAUGGUGCUGAAAUUUGUUAGUUAUGAUUAGGUUUAGUGUAUUUUAUUAAAACAAAGUAUUACAAUUGGAUUUUAAUUCCUUUUCAUAAUAAAUUUGACCCAGAAUAGAUGCUAAUGUUGAUUGAGCAGAGUAAAUUUUGGACUUGAACAGUUUGCCAAGCUGUUAAGUUUUAUAGUUUUGUUAUGGUUUUAAAGUGCCUUCAUCUGUAAAUAUGUAUUUUACAAUAAAAAGUUCUUUAAAACUGUGUGAUGACUGA